AGGAUCCUCGAGUACGAGAAGCCGAACUUGAACGGGAACAGCAAGGGAGCGGGGUGUCGGUUGGAGCUGUGGGAUUGCAGCGGUGAUCAAAAGUUUGAAACAUGCUGGCCAGCUCUGAUGAAGGACUCUCAUGGCGUAAUAAUAAUCUUCAACCCUGAGCUGCCCAGUCACCUGAAAGAAAUCGAAAUGUGGUACUCCUGCUUCGUGCAGCAGCAGCCGCUGCUUGACAGUCAGUGCCUCCUAGUUGCACAUCACAAGCCAGGCAGUGCAGGCGACACAGAAAAUCUGUCCUUGGCUUACCCGCUGAACAAGCUAAAACUAAUACAUUCCAACUUGGAAGAAGAUCCUGAAGAUGUUCGGAUGGAAUUUAUGAAAUACUUCAGAAACAUUAUCACCAUAAUAAAUGAGAGCAGGGAGAGGGAAGAAAUGUCAAUUAUCUCGUAA